AACCCAAUAUCGUGGCCUUGUCGCCGAAACCUUCAGAAUUCUGAAGGUUGUGACAUCACAAUCGAGCAGUCGCAUGCUCAGAGUCGAUGAUAACAGGCAAAAUGUUGCGGCUGAAGCAAACGAUGGAAUGAUCUAAUUGCCUGGCAACAACACUUGCCUUCGAGAUUCAAGUCAGCGCCGUGAUCGAUCUUUGGUUUGAAGAGGCGCGAGAGCUUUGAAAAAGCAUGAGCUGCCACAGCUAUGUUGGGUGGAGGUGGAGUGUAUCUUCUCUACAUGGAGGAUUCGGGAUGGAAAAGCUAAGGGUGAAUCGGAGGCAGAGCAGCUGCAGCAGCAGGGGAGGGCGAGGUGAGCUCGUUGCCGUGAGGGCCAUGAAGGGUGAGAGCAGGGAAGAAUGUGUGCUGGCGAUUGAUGUGGGCACCGGGGGUACUAAGGCAGCUCUGGUAAACCAGCUGGGCAGCGUGGUGGCUUCGGCGUUUCAUCCUCACCCUCGGCCUGCGCCUUCUUCUCGGGGAGGACCAGCAAGUGUUGAGCAGGAAGUAGAGAGCUGGUGGUGGGCUACUACGCAUGCUGUGCAGGCUUGCUGGAAUAAGGGCAGCGGUGGCGUAGUGCGGGCACUCGCUGUCACGGGGCAAAUGCAGAAUGUUAUCCGCUUGCCCAAGGAUGGAAGUCAACCUAUUCCAACAGCCAUCCUGUAUUCUGAUGCUCGGGCUGCAGAAGAAGUUGCCGAGGUUAAUGGGAUGGCAGGUGGGCCUGAGUAUAUUUCAUCUAUAACUGGGACGCAACAAGGUGCCUCCAGUUUACUAGCCAAGCUUCGUUGGUUGGACAAGCACGAACUUAGUGCUGCUGAGCAAUGCCAAACGCUCUUGUUUGGAGGGCAUGACUAUGUUGUGUGGAAGCUUUCUGGAGCUUUAGCCACGGACAGCACCACAGCCUCAACCACUGGCCUUUUGGACCUUUCAUUUCACUAUGCUGAAGAUCUAAUUCAUUCAGUGGAGUUGGGGCAUUGGAUGGAGAAACUACCUCCGAUUAAGGCUGCUAACAUACCUUGCGGAGUUGUCAGUUCAGAAGCAGCUGAAGAACUUGGAGUGGUAAGUUUAAAGGGUGUUCCAGUGCUUCACUGUUGCGGUGACGCAGGUGCGUGCACGCUUGGUGCGGGGGCAGGGAGUCCGGGGAGUUUGUAUGCAUAUAUAGGCACUUCUGGGUGGGUGGCAGGAUCAUUUCAGGAUCAAGUUGAUAUUGAGGCUGCAAAACCAUCUGGUGUGUUUAGGUUGGGACACCCGGACGAAUCAUUGGUUUUCAAAACUGGAUCUAUAAUGACAGCUGGAGGUAAUCUAGCAUGGUCCGCUGCAAAUAUUGGAGGUCCUGGGGGUACAAGCAUGGAAGAGAUUGAUCGUAUGGUCAAGUUAGAAGGUGCUGGCUCUGGGGGACUUUUGUAUCUACCUUAUCUCAAUGGAGAGAGGUGCCCGUUUGAGGAUGGAAGUGCUCGUGGAUGCUUUCUUGGAAUUUCAACAUCGACCACUAGUGCACAUAUGUUUCGAGCUGUUAUGGAAGGGGUUGCUUUUGCAAUGCGUUCCAGCCGUGAUGCUCUGAAUGGCGGAUCAGCACCAAGCUCUGGUGUUACUCCACUUCGUUUGGUUGGCGGCGGAGCCAGAUCUCCAGUGUGGCCUGCCAUAUUUUCGGGGGUGUUCGGGCAGACGGUUGAGGUGCUCUCAGAUGCCCAGGAGGUAGGCGUGAAGGGAGCUGCCCUACUUGCUGGUCAGUGGCUUGGCUGGCACUCGUCACUCACACCCGAAGGAAAUUGGGUGCAGAAACAGCAAUCAUUUGAACCUUCGCCUGAAGGGGUUGAGUUCUACAAUAUAUUGUACAGCGUCUACUCACAAGCUUAUGGAGGAGUGAGAAAUGUAUGCCAAGAACUAUCUGCAUUGCGUAACCUGUGAGAUAUAAGUAAUCCUUAAACGUUAACGUCUACUUCACGAGCUACCUUCAAAUUUUCAGCUGAAUAUUUAAUCCUGAUGCGAGAAGAUAGAACAGAAUUUUUGUUUGGGACUCGGUCUAGAAUUUUGAUCAUACUUUUAAUCUAAAGAGCAGUACUACGUUUAGAAGAGAAACAUCUAUGCUGACGCAGAUGAUAGCAGAUUAUAUAAAGCAUCUACGUUUAAACGUGGGAGAGAGGCAGGGCAGGAAAAGAAUGGCUUCCUGUCGAGUCUACCUCACUUGAAAUAGUGACUCAGAUUUGCAGCUCCUAAUACCUUUUCACUUCGGUCUUCCUAUGGAGUAAUUCAUGGUCCAACUGUUGCACUUU